AUGUAAUAAUUUAUUCUUUGUAUAAUUAAUCUUUUUAUAUCUGAGACAGAAUGUAGAAUUCGAAUCUUUUAGUUCCAGUAUCAAUACAUUUAUUUGAUGGACCCAAGAUAAGAAAAGUUCUUGAUGAAAAAUUCGACUCUAGUACUGAAUUAUGGGCAAUUGAAGAUUAUUUACGACAAACUCUUUAACUCGAUCCUCAAAAUGGAAUCUUAUUUACCAUUGGUGAAAAAAAAAUUCUAUAGCACAUAAAAUUGAGUUAAAUUUCGAACAUGAAUUAGACAAAAGAAAUAGUAAUGUCUAUGAAGAUCUAAUAUUGAUUUGGAUUCUGCAAUUGUGGGAAAAUAAUAGCAUAUGAAAUGGAAAUAUAUAUAUGAAUAUUUCUAUACAUCAUUAAUCUAAAAUAUUGCUUCAAAAGCCUA